AUUUCGAAGACGCGGUUGGGAUGAUGUUGCUGAGAGAUGGCUCUGCACAUUAUCGAACGAAAGCAUAUUGCGCGCGACAGGGUGCAGCUUUAAGGUUGGCGGUGGUCAACGUCAACGAGAAAGCAACCUUUUAGAUGGCCGUGACAAUUCUACGCGUCUGUCACAGGCGCGUUAUCACGCGUCACGACCUGUUGUCGGGAUUGGCUUUCUACCACCACCAUUCACGGGUUGGCAAAAGUUUGUAAUUCUUUGAGUACAUUCCUAUCAGCUGGCGAACGAAGGACAUUGCUAUAAUGAUACGAUUGGUAACUUUCGACGCACUGCACACUUUGGUGACACCUCGCUUGCCCAUCUAUGUUCAGUACUCCCAGAUUUUCGAACCAUAUCUUGGAGUACUGGAGCCUGAAGCUCUGAAGAGAUCCUUCAAGACUGCAUUGAAGCAAUUACAAGCGGAGAAGCCUGUCUACCAGAGUGGUGCGCCAGAAUGGUGGGGGGAGGUGAUCAAGAGGACAGCCGUAGAUGCAGGCGCAGAAACGCAUGUUGUCGAUAAGUCUUUGGACCGCAUGGUUCCACAGCUGCUGCGUCGUUUCAGCUCAAAGGAAGGUUAUAAGUUGUUCGAUGAUUCACUUGCCUGUCUUCAUCAGCUCAAGAACUUGAGCGUAAAGACAGGCCUUGUAAGCAAUACGGAUAAACGCAUGCUGGCCGUCCUUGACGACUUGGGGAUCACGACAUACCUAGACCCCAUUCUGAUAAGCGAAGUGGAAGGCCUCGAAAAACCGUCAGCAGAAAUUUAUGCUCGUGCGUGCUCAAGGGCCUCCGUCAAACGGAAUGAAACUCUUCACGUAGGGGACGAGUUACAGGCGGACUUUCACGGCGCCAGGAAAGCAGGUCUUCAAGCUUUACUGCUAAGACGCCCAGGCCCCGAAGGAGAAGGGGAGAUGAAAGAACCCGACGAAGAGCUACAGGGAGUUGAGGUCGCAGGCAGUCUGUUGGACGUAGUGGGUAGGGUACUGAGAAGCAUGUCGGACUGAAAGAUGAUCCAAAGACGGGGUCUAAUGAUAGAGAACCUAACGCAUUAGAUGAUAAGUAGAGAUACAUAUAUGUAAAAGGCCGAGUCGCUUCCAUAGAAAGCGCGAGAAAAUGACUGCAUCAUCGGUCUCUGACGGUCU